AGGAGAUGCCUUGGUGGUCCAAAUGGCAUCCGUUCCAAGUGGACAGGCCCUUCAAAUGGUGGCUGGUCCGGGUGUUGAUCGUCACUUUCGCCCUGACCAUCUUGAACAUCGUGCUCGUCCUCCGCCGCACAGACAUAUACCUCCCAACCCACAGCCUUCGACAGCCACACAGAGAAGCCGCCGGGCGUGCACAUCGACUUCGGCAGCCGCCGCAGCUGGCCGCGGACGUGUCUGCACUGAAGCAUGAAGUCGUGUACCCGGGGGGCGGCAAUGAGUCCGAUUUGCUGUGGCAGUACCGCCAGAUGUGGCCGUCGGAACGGUGGCUGGAGCGGCAUGUCAAGCCAUUCACGCAGCCGCCCAUUCGCCUUAACAUCAGCCAUGAGCUGGUCCGCCUUCUCGACACACCAGCGACGACGAAGGUCUCAGCUCCCUUCCUGGCCAUCAUCAUUCCGACCGUGCCGCGGGGGAAUGGCACCGACUACCUCAACCCGACACUCGCAGCACUGAUCCAGCAGCUGGAUGGAUCAUCAGCAGGCGGACUGUCGUCUCUUUCUUCCGACGAUACGAGGGCUCUCGGUGCGCUGAAGAGGCGCGUCGGUGUGUUGGUGUAUCAUGCCUUUGAGGAGGGCAGGGCGGCGAUGCCGCACGCCGCUCUCGACAAGGCAGAAGAGACAUACCGCCGUGAUCGGCGAGUGAAGAUUGUGAGGGAGGGGCAUGAUUACGUCGGUGCGCCGUGCUCACCAGCAGCAGGUGCGUCAGCACACACACGUCCCCUUCCCCACAGCCCCAGUCAUAGAUAGACUGCUUCCUGCGUCUUGCAGGUCGUCGUGACGAAGGCCAGACACCUCCCGGCCCCACAACCCGCCGCCAUACGUGUGAUGUGAUCCAUCUGUUCAAGACGGCCCUGCACGAGUUUUCGUUGACGCCGUAUUUCCUGCUGAUGGAGGACGACUUCGUCGUGUGUGCGGGGGGCGUGCUGGCCCUGCUGUGGGCCAUGCUCAAGGCGACCAGGUACUUUGGCCAAUGGAGCGCCCUCAGAGUCAGUCUCGGUGAGCUCACAAGCGACCCGCCCGGCCACCCAUUCUGUCUGCAGAUGUGCUCGUGGUCUAUGUCUGUCUGGUUCUGUCGUCUGUCAGGCCUUAAUGGUCUUGUGUUGAAGCGUGCGGACAUCCCCCUGCUGUCGCAUUUUCUCUACAGCAACGGCAUGGCCCUUCCUGUGGACCUGCUCGUCAACUACUGGCUGAGCAAGAGACGCGUGCCGAGUGCAACGGCAGGAGGAGGAGGCACAGGCACAGAUGGACGGCUCAGGCAGUCAUCGGCGGCGUACUUGCGUGACCGGAUCCCGCUGGUGUAUCGGUACAACCUGAUGCAGCACAUUGGGGACCUUUCGGCGUACCCAGGUGCGUCCAGACACCCACAACAGUUGCGGAAUAAUGGCAGGGAGGAGGAAAGUUUGUUUGUGUGUGUCUGUGUCAGGCUAUCGCUUCCACGAGGCCCGGCCAGGCCUCCGCUGCUAUGAGACCAUCGGCUCCUACAUGGACGUGUUCGAGUCAUUCGACCUCUCACGCUGCCCCCAGGAUGACAUAUUCCCCUGCCACACCACACACCCCAUAGCCCCGCUAAAGCACUGGGGGGUAGGGCGUGCAGAGGGCCGUGAUCAUGGUCAUGAGCUGACGCUGGUCGCAGCCAUGGUGGGUCAGGCGUGUGUCGAUGCCUGUAGAGAGCGGGGAGCGGAGUGCGAUGCGACUGGCUUUGUCAAGGUGAGAGGGGGACACAUGCGCAGAGAGAGAGAGAGAGACAUGAAGUGCGCAGAGUCCCCAAGUGUUUGUUCGCAUCGUCAGGCCAACAGUUGUGGUGCUUUGCUGGAGCACUUUCCGUGUGGAGGUGGUUGCUGGAAGGGCCAUGGCCGCGUCAACCCCCUCUACAUCGCCACUCAACAGCACCAGCCGAGGACAGCGGAUGUGGGCAGGUGGCACGCACCAACCAAUGAGACAGGAAGGUGCGUGUCAUUAAUGACGCGUGGCGGUGUGUGUGUGUCACGGCUCUGUGUGUGGUGUGGUAUGCAGAUGUGUGGUUGGUGGUGAGGCGGAUCGCUCGACGUGUCAGGGCCACCAUGAGGGCACACGCCGGCUGUGCCCAUGCAGCAGCGGGCCAUCCAUGGUGUGACUGGCCAUGACACACAAUGCAAUCAAUCCAUC